GGUUUCAGGAUUGUAGUGAUAGGACUGGGAUGGUAGGAAUUUGUAGGUGUGUCAGACUAGUGUUUCGACAAUAAUGUCGAUAAAAUGCUGUUGUAUUAGUGUCAGUGUGUCCGUUCGUAGUUGUAAGAAGGCGUUAAUUCCGUGUGUGAGAUUUAGGUAAUCAUAGUAGUUGUAUGUGCCGUGUAAUAAUAAAGUGAUUCAUUCCGCUAGGAUUAAACUGUAGACACCGCUUGUCGUCUGUAAUCGGAAUACAUAUUUAGUUGUUCCUUGUCGGUGCUUCCUUACAAUAAGCGAGGAUGUGGAAUAUGAUGUGUGAUGUGAUGCCUACCAUAUUAGAGGAUAAUAUAAGCCAAAGAAGCUCGCAGUUCUCUGGGGAAGAUGCGAACUUUGAGCAGCUCAUGGUAUCUAUGUUGGACGAGCGCGACAAGCUCAUGGACAGUUUGCGGGAGACACAGGAGCGGCUGGGUGAAACAGAAGCGAAACUUGCUGAGGUGGAGAAGGAGCGAGACUCCCUUCAGCGCCAGAUCUCGGCCAACCUCCCCCAGGAGUUUGCGACGCUGACCAAGGAACUGAACCAAGCGCGGGAACACUUGUUGGAGCGAGAGGAAGAGAUCGCGGAGCUCAAGGCGGAACGCAACAAUACUCGGCUUCUGCUGGAACACCUCGAGUGCCUGGUUUCCCGACACGAGCGGUCGCUGAGGAUGACGGUCGUUAAGCGGCAGGCGGCGACACAAUCCGGUGUCUCUAGCGAGGUCGAGGUGCUCAAGGCACUUAAGAGCCUCUUCGAACACCAUAAGGCGCUCGACGAGAAGGUGAGGGAGCGGUUAAGGGUGGCAUUGGAAAGGGUAGCCACAUUAGAAGAGGACCUCACAACAACCAAAGAUGAAUUACAACAGUACAAAAUGGGCCGCAUCAUUCCAUCGGGGGAUGACAUGGUGAGCAGCAAACUGAAAGAAAAUGGUCAGCAGGAUCCAUCAGAGGACAUGAAGACUGGAGACCAAGGCACAAUACACACCCCAUUACCUAAGCGUCUGUCUAAUGGUGCCAUCGAGCCUGACUCAGAUGUGGCACGAGUCCUAGAGCUCCAGAACACAGUAGACAAGCAGGCUACAGAGCUGAGUACGUGGCAGAGACGAGUUUCGGAACUAACGGGUAGAAUCUCAGAAUUAGAGGAAGCUCUAGCCAAGACUCAGAAAGAGCUGCUCAAGGCACAGGAGGCCAACGCUAAAUUGCAGCGGGAUCUGCGUGAAAAUGUGGCACAGAAAGAGGACCAGGAGGAACGUAUUGCUACCCUUGAGAAGAGGUACCUGAAUGCACAGCGUGAGUCGACUUCUCUUCAUGAUCUAAACGAAAAGUUGGAGCAGGAACUCCAACACAAGGAAGCACAACUCAAGCUGCAGGAGGAGAAGAUCCGAGCAAUCCAGGAGAAGCUAGAGCUCUCUGAACAGAAGUUGGCUCAGUUUGCUAAGCUGCCAGAGAUGGAGGAGGAGCUAAAGCAGAGGAUGGAGGCCCUUACGCAGGUGAGGGUGCAGGCACAAGAACGGCAUGGGUCAGCUGAGGAUCGCAUCCAAAGGUUAGAAGCUCAACUGGAAGAGAAGAAUGCAGAAUUGGUGCGACUCAAUCAGAGGCUCAAGAUGAAUGAGGAGCACAACACAAGGCUAUCCUCCACUGUCGACAAACUGCUGUCAGAAUCCAAUGAGAGGUUACAGGUCCAUCUGAAAGAAAGAAUGCAUGCAUUAGAAGAAAAGAAUGCUCUCACACAAGAACUUGAGAAGACAAGAAAAGUUGCAGAAGAUUUGCAAGGGGAAAAGGGUGACAUUGUCAAAGAGUUGGGCAAAGCAAGGCUAGAAAUUGACAAUGUUAAGCGGCAGAUGUUGCAGCAAGAAAUUGCCUUUAAUAUUCAACAGACUGAUGCAUUAACAAGGAGCCUAUCUCCAAAUGCUGUGACAGAUCCUAGCAGUUUUGUGCGGAGUUCAAGUCACACAAGUUUUGACACUCACUCUUUGCCACGUAGGCCGCAAAAAGGUAGAGUGUCAGCCUUGGAGGAUGACCCCACUAAGAUACGCACACUGGGGGAACAGGAGUGGGAGAAGAUGCAACAGGCACACGUUUUGGCUAAUGUUCAGCAAGCAUUUGAUGUAUCAAGUGAUGCUGAAGGCGAAGACAACGAGAGUAUCUUUAGUGCAGCAGAGAUGCUCUCCCCAUCUGGUCACACCGAUGCUCAGACCUUGGCCAUGAUGCUGCAGGAACAGCUAGAUGCCAUCAACAAUGAAAUCAGGUUGAUACAGGAGGAGAAGCAAAGCACAGAAGCUCGUGCAGAGGAGCUGGAGUCUCGGGUUGGCAGUUUGGAGCACAUGAACCUGCUGGUACGGGGAAGAAGCUUCGAACGGUCAUCUCCACCUCUCAGUGGCCGCUCCACUCCCAAGUCACAUCUUUCUCCCCAGAGAGAUUACCUUCAUAAAUACCACACUGCCCCUGCCUCUAUGUCUCCGGCCCACCUGCAUCAGUAUGCCUCCACCUUGAGCCCAGGCCAACUAUCCGAGUCACUGCCCGCUAGCCAGCUUCAGUUGGCACCUCUGUCAGCAGAGCUUUCAAAGGAAGAACUUCAUUCUGUUACAACUGGAGGUGAAAGCAGUGGUGCAGCUAGUCCUCUAACUGCAAGAUCACUCAGGCUAGAGAGGGUCGCUCAAGCAUUAGCACAAAGCCAGGAGGAACUUCGCAGGCGAGCGGGCUCUCCGGCCAUGCUGCCUCCCACUGGCCUCGCACUCAGGCCCGGAGGUUACUCCACACCCCCCUCUCCUCUGUCUUCUCGUCACAGCAGUCAAGAUUCAUUGCACAAGAAUGCUGCCAGCACUCCUGUGCCAGCAGCAGCCAAUGCCUCUGUAGCUGCUGCCGCCGCCGCCGCUGCUGCUGCUGCACAGAAGAAAAAAGGCAUCAAGUCACAGCUGGGUAGAUUCUUCAGUAAAAAGGAGAAGGGUAAAUCAAAAGAACCAUCAAUGAUGGGCAUAACACCCGGAGACCCAGCUGUGAUGACUUCAUCAUAUGUUGAUGCUGACAUGAGUGCUGCCGAUUCACUUAGUCUUAGUGGAGGGCUUGGCCAGAAGGGAGAUUUUGACAGGAGAAAGAAGAAAAAACAUGAACUUCUAGCAGAAGCAAUGAAAGCAGGGACUCCAUUUGCUUUGUGGAAUGGACCAACCAUAGUGGCUUGGCUGGAACUGUGGGUGGGGAUGCCUGCCUGGUAUGUAGCGGCAUGCCGUGCCAAUGUCAAAUCAGGGGCUAUCAUGAGUGCCCUCAGUGAUACAGAAAUCCAGAGGGAAAUAGGUAUUAGCAGUCCAUUGCAUCGGUUAAAGCUACGAUUAGCAAUCCAGGAGAUGGUCUCAUUGACAAGUCCUUCAGCACCUAAAACUUCACGAACCACAUUAGCAUUUGGGGAUAUGAACCAUGAAUGGAUUGGCAAUGCAUGGCUACCAUCACUUGGAUUACCUCAAUACAGAACCACCUUCAUGGAGUGUUUGGUAGAUGCUAGAAUGUUGGACCAUCUGAACAAGAAGGACUUGCGAGGACAGCUCAAAAUGGUUGAUAGUUUCCAUAGGACAAGCCUACAGUAUGGCAUUUCAUGUCUAAAAAGGCUCAACUAUGAUAGAAAGCAGCUAGAAGAAAGGCGGAAAUCUUCAGAGAAUGACCUUGUAGACGUAUUGGUAUGGUCCAAUGAGCGUGUCAUACGAUGGAUCACACACAUAGGGUUGAAGGAAUAUGCAAACAAUCUUCUGGAGUCUGGUGUCCAUGGCGCUCUCAUAGCUCUAGAUGAAAGUUUUGAUUACAACAGCAUGGCUUUGGCACUGCAAAUACCAACACAGAAUACACAGGUCCGACAAAUGUUAGAAAUGGAGUUUAACAGCCUGCUAGCUGUUGCAACAGAACGUCGAGUGGAAUCUGACUUGCCCAAGUCUUGAUAUUACACUACAAGACAUCCACACACUUAAGACUCUUUCAAAAAGAUGUCGUGGACAAGUGUUUGGACUGAGAGGACUCGGGCACUCGUCCCGUCCCGUAGUAGCCAUCGCUCGGCAUUCCUUUCUCAGUUCGAACUGGACGGAUGAAACACCAGCAUCGGUUGGUCGGUACUUGCAUUCUUUUCAUCCACUGACACUUUGCUGCAUUGUGGUACAAAGUGUAAGCAUCUUACCUAAUUAGCCAGCAGUGUCUAUUCCAUCUUUUUAUUUGUAUUUGUGUGUUUAUUUUAUUUUUUUAUUUUUAAUAAUUUGAUUUCGGCCAGUGCUGAAUCUCCCAUCCCUAGUCUGUGUCGUAUCAAAGCAGUUGGACUGAUGUCUGAAUGUACUGUAAAUUUUAGUGAACUGUCAGAUAAAAAACACCUGGUACAUAACCUGACACUACCUCCACCCUCAUCCAGACACGUUGACGUAUUUUCUUACUUUUUUUCUCUUGUUUUAAUAUUUACAAAAGGGACUUGUGUUAUUGUUUCCUCAAUGAAAAAAAAGAGCUUUAAGAAUAUUAUUAAGUAAUGUAACUGCAUAAUUUUGUCAGUUAGUGCCAUCAUGAAGAGAAGAACCUGCGGAGCAUCAAGUCAGUAAUCCACUUACCAUAUUGUGUAUUAUGUAAGCAGUUUACCUGUAAUCCUUCCUCCACGGUGAACCUAGCCCUGUUUCCAUUAGCUCUUUUCUCCUUCUCUGUACUUAACAGAACUGGUGCUCUGUUGUUAUUCAAAAGUGAAGACUUGUUAAAAAGUCUCUGUUGGUUGGUAGUGUUCAAAUCGUGGGACAUUUGCGGGCCUACAGUUUAAAAAUGAUGGGUAAUGAAGUAGAUGAUCAGAACUGUAUGACUUAUUAUUGAUUCUAGUUGAAUGAAAUGGUUACCAAAGUAACUGGCAGCUAGCCAGUAUGUUGAAAUGAUCGUACAGAAGUGAGGUGAAUGAAAGAUUAGAAAGGAUCCAUUUCAAGUACAUAAUACAACUGUUGAAUGUCUCCAGUAUUAUUUUAUACUCUGGUCAUGUUCCGAAAACUUAGUCCUUCACACAAGAUUCCUGAGUAUAAAAUAUUAACAAACUUGCCUUUUUCUAAUAACUUCUUGGCUCUAACAAGUAUUUCAUUCUACAUGUUCAUUAGUUACUUUUGCAGUGCUGUUACUGAUAAAAGGACCAAGCUAACUAUAAAGGUAGGCUAAUGUAAUGGACAGAAGCAGCUAGAGGGGAUGGAAAUCAGUACAUAAUUGUGUGACAUGUCAGGACAUACAGAAAUGUAAUAUUUAUUUUAGUUACGUCAAUAAUAUUAGCAAGGUAAUUUGUUCUGUGAUUGCAGUUUUGAAUAAGUAAUACUAUUAUAGCAAGUGUCACAUAACUUUGAACAAGGCCAGGGUGUGGAGGGUGUGAGACGUGACAGGCGGCCAGUGGAAGAACGAGUGUUAAGGAACUCCUCCCACCACAAGCUAUGCGCGGGAUUUGACUAGGAAUGAGGGGCCUUGUUCGAAGUUACAUGACACUGUCUGUAAUCCUUACCUAAAGCAGAUUAAUUCAGAUAAAUUACUCUGUAUAAAAUAUGUUGCAUCCGUUGAACAGUUUAUUGUGACAGAAAAUAAUACACAGAAUUCUGUCUAUACCCACAGAAAAGUGGGUGAAUUUCCCUUAAUGAAUUAAAUUAUUCAUCACUUCAUAUUUCAGAAUCCAGAUGUGAGAUUUAAGGUUUUUCAAUUGAUCAAGAUUAUUAAUGUAAUAUUCUGGAAUAUGUCAUUGUGAGAAUGGAGGCAGCAGGUUCCUUCCAAACAUAGUAACCGCCUACAAAACUACAUGGUGUCAUAACCUAAAAGACCACAAUCCUAAUUUUAGAAGCCAAUUGGGCACAGUCACGUGAAUCAACAAAAAUUUAGAUUCCUUAUAAGUGUGUUAAACGGUAUAUUUUGCCUCAAUUAUUAAGUAGUAGAUCAUAAGAAAGUCUUGAACAAAAGAUUUUCCGUAUGAUGAGUAUGUAGAACAUACUGAGGAGGAACUCCCUUUCAAGUUCACCUGCUUUUCUCUUAACAAAGACAAAACUUUCAAGAUUUCUAAGUAUGUAUCCAUAGGAUCCAAUAUGGUUGUGAGUAUUGUCCCUUCUUCACACAUUCCUUUGUCAACAGGCAUAUUAGUAAUUCAUACCACUAUACUCAGUUGGAUUCAUUAAUUAACUACAAUAUAACGUGUUUCUUUUACAACAGAUGUUGAUUUUCAUAAAAUGGUAUGUAGUAGGUUCUUCAAUGUGAAGUAUACCAGAGCAUAGAUACUAACACUCAUUGUCACUCAUCUGUGCACAGGAAUGUAUUCCUUUCAGUUUGUGACUGUUUAUGAAGAAUGAUGACUUGCCUUUACUGUGAAAAGCAUAAUUGAAAAUCAGUGUAUUUGAUGAAUGAAUAUCAGGAAGAACAAUGAUCUCAGUCUUAUCCGGAUGUAAUUUUCUUUUCUUGCUUUGCUCUUUCAAGCUUCUUUCACACACACACAUACAUAAGAAGGCUUAAUUGUCAAGUACCAGUUUCUUCUGCAUGAUUUAAGUAUUGACUUCUCACUAUCAGGGGUGUUUGAUUUUGGAGGGGGACAGUGUUGCAAUGUUAUCAAAAUUUCUAGUUUUUUAUUUUUAAUGGUACAGUGAAUUCCCCUUAAAAAGAAAGUGUCAGCAGUUCUAAGUGGAUUGAGUGUCUGAUGGAUACUCGUAUAAUACAUGUCAUGCACACAAAUUUCAUUGAAGAAUUGCAAUAAAGUGCAUAUAUGUUUAGGUUAGAAAACACACUUGAGAACCUGAGCACUAACUCGAACUAUGCGGUUCCUAUUAAUAGGAUUCCAGAAAGUCUAGACUUGUGAAAUUCAUGAGAUUUCCAGGAAUUAGGUAACCAGUAGCUGUUGAUGAAGUCUCGUUGUUAAAAUAAUAUGCUUUGCAUUCAUUGUAACUUGGAAGGGCGUGGGAAGAAGAAAGAUACAAACGUUUAAACGUAAUGAAAGUGGUAACCAGUUUUGCAAUAUAAAUGCUGAUAUUUCGUUCCAGUCUCCAUACUCUCACUGUGUCCGUCAAAUUGUCAGCAGAAGUACAUUGAUUUAAGCUGCAAAAGCUAAGAAAUGGAUAGUGUUUCAUGCUGAUUUAGUUGUUGAAUAAUUUCACAUGCUUUUAUAUUUCUGGACUUAUGGAAAUAGUGCUAAGACAGCAGAAAUAUAUGAUUUUCUUUACAAACUCUGAUAUAUAUAUAUAUAUAUGUGUGUGUGUGUGUGUACAUGAAUUAAUGAAAGCAUUUAUUCUCCCAAUGGACUGAGAUUAAUUCUUCUGCUUAUCUUAAAAAAUUAUCAACAUCUGUGUGACAUUGGUGUAGGGUAUGAGGUCUUUGCUGAUCACUUCCUCUUUGACUGAAACUUAAGUAUUCUGAAAUAUAAUAUUAAGUAUUCUUAGUUUUUCAAUAUUUUUGUUUUCUUUAAAUGCCCUCAUGAUCGUUAAUUUGGGACAUGUUUACAAAAUAUAGGCAUUUGAAUUAAAAUAGCAUUUGAGUCCAUAUGAAGACGAACUAAAUAAAAAUAAAAUACUUAAUAAUCAACCUUUCUAUGUUUAAGUGCAUGCAUAUGAAUUCUGGGCAACACAGUCUUCUGUUAAUAAUCUGUUCUCACAUAACUGCAAUCUGUUUUAUGAUGUGAUAAUUCUUUCAUGUAUGAUGAUGCAUUUGAAGGAAUGAAAAAAUCUUGAUCUUAAAAAAAAAUUUUCCCACUCCCUGUUGCUAUCUGUGAUGUUCUGUUUCGUUUCGAUCAGUAAAUAUGUCUUCUUCAAGCCCUGGCAUUCUUUCUCAGACACCCAUACUGGAAGAGUUCUGAGAAAAUAAUUGGAAUACUCCAGACUGCUUUAUGGGUUUGAAUGCAGUACAGCAUCUUUAGUAUGUCCUUGUUUAGGUAUUAUCAUGUUUAGGCUGGUUAGUUUGUAUGGCCUGCUGGUUCGUUUUGUGUUGCCCAUGACAGUGUCCUUCCAUUCCCAAAAAUAUGUGUUAACUCUUUCCUGCUCUUUAAAAAUUGCAGAAAAUCUUGUCAAGAAACUAUGCCCAAAAUGGUUACUAGAUAUCCAUGUAAUUUUUCCAUUAGUUUUUUCUGACUUGUAAUAAGUAGCUUAGAAGAAUAUGGAAUGGAUAUGACUCCAUGAACAUCAGCAAUAUUGCUACAAUCUAGCAAAUCUCAUUAAAUUUAAUAAAUAGUUUUUGAACUUUAUGGGUCCAAUUCUUAAUUUUAUGCUUGUGCUUCAUAAAUCUAAUCAUUGCAGGGCAGGUAAUUUCUAUCGGUAUAUUUGAAAAAAUAUAUUUUUUAUAAUGAGGCUUGCAUCUAGGUAGCUAUACAGGAUAUGAUGUGGCCCCUUAAUGCCAUACUUCAUCAUUUCCACUCAUGAAUCUUUCCUCUUGGCCUUGUCUCUAAUCCAAAUAAGUAUAUAAAUCGACAUUCUGAUUAUAUUUUUGUCAAACAGUCGUCUGAUAUCUGACUUUCAAACUUUCAGUACCAUAUUUGAUAACUCCAACAAUCAACUACACAUAAAAGAUGCAAAGUUUCAUUUACACACACAUAUGCACACACAUGGUUAUUUCAAUUGUGGUAAGUUGCUCUAUGUUUGGCUCCUUCCAUAUAGUUUGCAUCAUGUAUUAAAUAUGUUCCUGAACAGGUAUACCUUGAAGAUAAAUCAGAAUUUUGAUUAUAUGAAAGAAAAGAAACCUCUGAGGUACAGCUUAAUACUUAUAUUUAUUUACUUGAAACUAUUCUAAUUAUACAUUAAAUUAUAUACACAACUGAUUAUUUCUGUCAGUCAUUCAUUAGAUACAAUGUUAUGCAGACUGUCCUGUUUUCAUUGACUUUACUGUAGAGUAAUAUUAGUUGUAUUUAAAUUGCCUUUCAUGUUCUGUCAAGUCACACUUAUGCUGGUCUCUAAUUACAAUAAUUACCUCUACUUUUGAAUGUAGAGAGUUAAAAGUGAUUUGGACCAAGAACAAGCAUCUCAGGAGCAGGUUAACUAUAAACAUCUUUUUUCAAGGAUUUAACACAGCUGUUAGUAUUAUAAAAGAAAAGUUUAAUGCAGUUAUUAAAAGUAUUGAAUGAGAAAUCCUUCAGUUUAUUGUAGGUACCUAGCUGUUCCUUCUGUUUGUAUAAAGCCUUUCUUCCUAGCGAAGGUUCUAAGUUUUCGUUGCAUGUUUGUGUAUCUGUUGUCAUGCAGUGGUGGAUGGAAAAAGUUUGAGUGAUUUGUCAAGAUGCUUGUAGUGAGAUUACUCGCCCCAUUCUGUGCAUUGUUGUUACUACAGGGAAAAUAUAUUGUAAGAAGAUUAUUGUUUUGUUGGGAGAUAAUUGUUCUCUCUGCCCCAUCACCAAUGUGUUCCCAAAAAGUCGCUUUUGCACUUGCCAAGUUGCUAGAAGUAUAUAACCAUGUUAGAUAUAUAUAUAUAUGUAACUCAAUUAUUGAAUAAUAAAAAUUAUGGUUUUCUGGCAGUGUGAAAGCGACUUGAUGCUGAAUGGAUGGAGCUCAGUACACAGCAUUAAGAAUUAAAGUUAAAAAAAAUGAAAAAAGAAAGCUGUUUCACUGUACAUGUACCUCAUUGAUUCUUGAUGUGUAAUUCGGAUGUUUCCGUAAGAAAUGCAUAGCAGCGAUUACAUGGUAGAAAAGAGUCCAUGACAUGAAGGAACAAAGGGAUACACAACCAAACAAUAAGGAAAUACUUUUAUAUUCAUUUAAAUAUCUGUCCACUAAUCUCUCUGCUAAUGGUUUCAGCAUUGUUUUUAGGAUUGUGCAUUGUAUUAUAUUGUGGGCCUGUUUUGUAUGGAACAUUCAGUGUAUCUUCUAAACCCAAGUAUGACUGCAUUUUGAACAACAGAGAUUUUAAUGGGCAGGCCAUUUCACAGAUACUUAAAGCUAGUCUUUUAUAACGAGAUUUUUAAUCUGUUGCAAUGAAAUGUGUAUUCCCAGUAUAAUGUUAAAGUUUCAGUUCAGAGAAAUAAUACCCAUUGACUGUACUUGGGUCUGAUGUAUAAAGUAACAUAGUGAAUUUA